AUUUCAGGCUGAAGUUUCCAGCGUUUAGCACGUGUUUACGUCUUAUAUAUUUGUAUAUCUAUUACUUGCAUAUUGUAAAAUUAAUAUAUUCAAUUUUUAAAAAAAGUGUAGGUUAGUCUACAUAAUUUAUAUAUUAUAAUUACAAAACUUAAAAUAGCUCAAUAUUAUAAGUUAUUUAAAACAUUUGUCGAUAUUUGUUGUUUGAACCAGUUAUAUAGUAUACAAAAAAUAGUAUUUUUAUUGAAAUAAUGGCAGCUCGUCCGGUCAAAUCAUACGGUAAAAAAAAGUACAAUUUUAAGGACAAUCGUUUUAAACUUCUGCCAGACAUGAAAGGAUUUUUAUGCACUUGCAAUUACGGUGAAAAAGACUGUCAGAAGGAAGCGAUAAAUUUGUUGAGAGAAUACAGCGAAGAAAAAUACAAACCAUCUGAAGAGACUAUUAGUACUGUAGAGGAAUCUGCAGAAAUCAUGGACUCAUUAGACACUGAAUUGGAAAGCUUGUCCAGAAAAGAUAAUGCUGAUUGGAAAAAAUUCACUCCAUCAGCUACAGGUGUUGGAAACUGUCUUUUUAUCAGCACCACAGUUGAAGAUCCGUGUGAGCUUAUGUAUAAAAUACUCGAAGACAUUGAAAGAACCAAAGUGCAGAAGACAAAAUUUCUUUUGCGUAUGCUUCCAAUUUUGGUUACUUGCAAAGCCAAUAUAACAUCCAUAACAUCAGCCUGUACCAUUAUAUUGCCUAAGUAUUUUUCUACAGAACCAACAACAUUUGCAAUUAUGUUCAAUCACAGAUAUAACAAUUCAGUGCCGCGUGAUAAAGUUAUCGAAGAAUUGGCCAACCAAGUGGUUAGUUUUGGACCGCAUACUGUGGAUUUAUCUGGUGGAGCUAAAAUGACUAUUAUUGUUGAGGUGGUGAAGUCUGUUUGUUGUUUGUCAGUGGUUAGAGAUUAUGCUCGCUUCUGCAAGUUCAAUCUACUCUCUGUCUGUGGUCGACCUGAAAAAAGAACAGCAGAAGGUGAAAAUGGUGAUGUUGAAAAAAGUUCUUCGCCUAAAGUUAAGAAACAAGAGGAAAAUGACCAAGUAAAAGAAAAUAGUGAAGAGGAAAAAACAGAGAGCGAACCUGGGGAAGAAACUACUGAAAUGUCUGAAAAUUAAAUAACUUCAUUAUUUAUGUUCAUUUACUUAUUGAAAGGUAUCAAUAAGCUAAUUUUGUUAAUUAAUGUCAAAUCUAAAUUUUUUUUUUCUAUUAUUUAUUUUGUAUGGUUAAAUAAUAUUUUCAAAAAUUAAAAAGUAAACAGAUUAAUUAUAAUUAAAAAGUAUAUAAGUAAUACAUUAUUAUUUCACAAAGUUAUUUUCAGUAAAUAUAUUCACUUUAUUCUAGUGUAUUGGA